ACUGUGUUGAAGCUCUGCAGUCAGAAGCUACCACUAGCCUGCCAAACUCUUGCCUGCCCGCCUCGUCCCGGAACUUUGCCGACCGGGAGCUCUUUUUUGCUCAGACCCUCCGAGCCCCGUCCGUCCCGUCUGAGCCUCCAAUUCGCAAUUCCAGGCCCGGGACAUCUCCGCUACACUCAACCACCACCCCUCCGCCCAUCCCAUAUCCCAAGGCCCCAUACCAUCCCCCUCAUGUUGCGCACAUCACUGCGAUCCGUGAGGGCGCUGGGCAGCAGGCCUUCUGCCGCUGUUGCUGGCCGUCAAUGGCAAGCAACCGUCGUGCGCCGUGCGGCCGUGUCCGGUCAGCGCUUCUUCGCCGACGACAAGAAGCCCGUUGUUCCUGAGCCCCCGGCCUCUCAGCCCGCCGUCCUCCCGGCCUCCGAGACCCUGACUGCUCCCUCCACUCCUCCUCCUGCGUCGCCCCAGGUCGAGUCCACGGCCACCGUCCCUCCCGAGGCCACCCCCUUGACGCCCCCCGCCCCCGAGGCCACUGUCAUCCCUCCCGUCGCCGAGGAGCCCGUCGUCCCUCCUACUCUUCCUACUCCCCGCAAGAAGAAGGGCUUCUUCCGCAGACUGCGCAACUUCCUCCUGUCCCUCACCAUCCUUGGCGCCAUCGCCUUUGGUGGUGGUGUCUACUACUCGCGCAUCAACGACGCCUUCCACGACUUCUUUACCGAGUACAUCCCCUAUGGCGAGCAGGCUGUUCUGUACUUGGAGGAGCUGGAUUUCAAGAAGCGCUUCCCCGAUGUUGUCAGCAGGGUGACCGGUCGUCCUCGCGACUCCGGUGAGCAGGUCAAGGUCCCUGCCCAGAGUGGUGCCUCGUGGCGCGUUGCCGACGGUGGCGAGCCUGCCGGUCGUCAGUCUAGCUCUAUCAAGAAGGCUGCCGCUGCCGCCAAGGAUGCUGUCACCAAGUCUGAGCCCGCCGUUGUUGCUGGUGCCAAGAAGGAUACUGCUGAGCUUCCCAAGACCGAGUCCACCACCACCGUUACUCCGGUCGAGCCCGUUCCCGCCGCCGCCGCCGUUCCCGGCCCUGCUACCGCUGCUGCUCCCGCCGCCACCGAUGCUUCCGGCACCCCCGUGAAGAAGCCCUUCAAGGCUCCCGAGGUUGACGAGCCCUCUCGCUGGCCCCCUGCCUCGCCCAUUGACCCCCUGAACGUUAACGGUGCCACCGACCCCAUUGUUCAGGACCUCGUCAAGAUGCUGAACGACAUCAUCACCGUUAUCAACCACGACAACGCCAACGAGAAGUACGCUCCCACCAUCGGCAAGGCCAAGAACGAGCUCUCCAAGGUUGCCGGCAGGAUCAACGAGAUGAAGGCCAAGGUUGAAGCCGAGGCUGCUAAGCAGGUUAAGGCUCGCGUUGAUGGUUUCGACAAGGCCGCCAACGAGCUUGUCUCUCGGGUUGAGUCCGCGAUGGCCGCUCAGGAGGCUGCCUGGCGUCGCGAGUUCGAGGAGGAGAUGAUCCGCCUCAAGAAGAGCUACGACGAGAAGACUCACCUGAUCCAGGAGCGCGAGCGCCAGAUUGCCGAGGAGAAGCUCAACAACCGUCUCCUUGAGCAGGCCAUCCAGCUCCAGCGCCAGUUUACCGACGACAUCAAGAAGCACGUUGAGGAGGAGCGCGAUGGCCGUCUUGGCAAGCUCAACGAGCUUUCCAAGGCUGUUGCCGACCUUGAGAAGCUCACCUCUGGCUUGAACGAGGUUGUUGAUACCAACCUCCGCACUCAGCAGCUUCAUGUUGCUGUCGACGCCGUUCGUGCCAGCCUCGAGGACGCUCACCACCCCCGUCCCUUCAUCAAGGAGCUCGUUGCCCUGAAGGAAAUUGCUGCCGAGGACCCCGUCGUCGAUGCUGCUAUCGCUUCCAUCAACCCCACCGCUUACCAGCGUGGUAUUCCCACCUCCGCUGAGCUCAUCGACCGCUUCCGCCGUGUUGCUACCGAGGUUCGCAAGGCUUCUCUUCUCCCUGAGGACGCCGGUGUUGCCAGCCACGCUUCCAGCCUCAUCCUCAGCAAGUUGAUGUUCAAGAAGGAGGGCCUUGCGACUGGUGACGAUGUCGAGAGCAUCCUUACCCGCACCCAGACCUACCUCGAGGAGGGCGAUCUCGACAAUGCGGCGAGAGAGAUGAACGGUCUCAAGGGCUGGGCCAAGACCCUUUCCAGGGAUUGGCUCGGUGAGGUCAGGAAGGUGUUGGAGGUUCAGCAGGCGUUGGAUGUUAUUCAGACAGAGGCUAGGCUGCAGAGCUUGAGGGUGGAGUAAACAGGAUUGUUCGUUACGAUAGUAGGCUUAGCACGAAUUCCCUUUGUUGUGAGACUCUGUAAGUUUACAGUGGCAAUCCGAGACAAAAUAGAGGCGCUUUUUUCUGGUUGUAUUCGUGUGAGUACUUGUUUUCGUGUAGUUUAAGUCAGAUGAAAUAGAUUCAAUUUGACGGCCGG